GCUGAGUGAAAGAGAGUAAAGUUUGAAUGAGAGACGGACAGAAGAAGAGUUUAUGGAAUUUCAUGUAAAACUCUGUUAAUUUCAGGCAGUAGAGUUUUAUACUGUAAGUUUAUCAGUUAUUCUGACGUGACUGAAGACGAGGAUGAUGAUGAUGCGGCGGCGGGUGCUCGCGCUUAUGUGCGCGACCCUGGUGUGUGUGGAGGGCCAACAGAGAGGUCUGUUCCCUGCUAUCCUGAACCUUGCCAGCGAUGCAGAUAUCACGACUAACGCCACGUGUGGUGAACCCGUUUCUGAGAUGUACUGUAAACUAGUGGAGCAUGUUCCUGGAAGACGGAUCCGUAACCCUCAGUGUCGCAUCUGUGAUGCUAGCAGCCAAAAUCCUAAAGAACAACACCCCAUCACCAACGCCAUCGACGGCACUAACCAAUGGUGGCAGAGCCCAAGCAUCAAGAACGGUCGUCAGUUUCACUGGGUCACCAUUACUCUGGACUUAAGACAGGUCUUCCAGGUCGCUUACAUCAUCAUUAAAGCAGCCAACUCUCCACGACCCGGUAACUGGAUUCUGGAGCGUUCUCUGGACGGAGUGAACUUCCAGCCGUGGCAGUAUUAUGCUAUCAGCGACACAGAGUGUCUGACCCGAUACAACGUCACCCCCCGCCUCGGCCCCCCUACAUACAAGAGGGACGAUGAGGUCAUCUGUACAUCCUACUACUCGCGUCUGGUGCCGCUGGAGCACGGCGAGAUCCACACGUCUCUGAUAAACGGCCGUCCCAGCGCAGAUGAUCUGACCCCAGAACUGCUGGAUUUCACGUCUGCGCGAUACAUCCGCCUGCGUCUGCAGAGAAUACGCACGCUCAACGCUGACCUCAUGACCCUCAGCUACAGAGACCCUAAAGAUGUCGAUCCCAUCGUCACCCGACGGUAUUAUUACUCUAUCAAAGAUAUCUCAGUGGGCGGGAUGUGUAUCUGCUAUGGCCAUGCCCAGAGCUGCCCGUGGGAUCCUGUUACCAAGAAGCUGCUGUGUGUGUGUGAGCACAACACGUGUGGUGAGAGCUGUAAUGAGUGUUGUCCUGGAUAUCAUCAGGAGUCGUGGCAGCCCGGAACACUUUCAGUUGGAAACACAUGCAAGAAGUGUAACUGUCACAAUAAAGCGGACGACUGUUACUACAAUCAGACGGUGGCCGAUCUGAAGCUCAGUAUGAACACACAUGGACAGUUUGUGGGAGGAGGUGUGUGUAUCAACUGCUCGCACAACACCGCUGGGGUCAACUGCCAAACAUGUGCUGACGGAUACUACAGACCACACGAGGUGUCUCCGCACUCUGAUGAGCCGUGUGUUGAGUGUGAGUGUGAUAUGAGAGGAUCCAUGAGUCCCGUGUGUGUCAGAGAUGAUAAUCACACAGAUCCACACACAGGUUUGUCUGCAGGUCAGUGUUUGUGUAAAGAGGGUUUUGCUGGUGAUAAAUGUGACCGCUGCGCCUUUGGAUACAGAGAUUUUCCAAUCUGCUCUCGCUGUGAAUGUCAUCUGGACGGAAGUCUCAACAUCGACCCGUGCAGAGAGUGUGUGUGCAAGGCUCAUGUGAUGGGCUCCAACUGUGACCUGUGUAAGCAGGGCUUCUAUAACCUGCAGGCCAAUAAUCCUGAAGGAUGUACUGAGUGUUUCUGUUUUGGCGUGUCAGACGUGUGUGAGAGCUCAAUCUGGUUCUCCGGCUCGGUGGAGCACAAAGACGGGUUGCUCCUGCGCUCUCUUCAGACUCCCAGCAUCUUCUCACUUCCUGUCUCAGAGGACAACCUCAUCGUGUCUAACUCUACAGCGACUGCAGGCGUGCUAUCAGUGUGGUCAUGGGCCGCUCCAGAGUCCUUCCUCAAUAACAAGCUGACAUCAUACGGAAGUUUCUUGAACUACAGCGUCGCCUAUGACGUACCCGAGGAGAAUGAGGACAAAACGCUUCCUGCACAUUUCAAUGUUAUUAUUGAGGGUAACGGUCAGACGCUGAGACAGACGCAGUCGACUGGUGUGGUGUUGAGUGCUCACCGUCAGCAGCACGUCUCACUGCAGGUUGUGCCCCACACGUUCACAGACGCUCGCAGCGGACGCAAGGUUCAGAGAGAUGAGUUAAUGACAGUACUGGCUGAUGUGGCUGCGCUCCGGGUUCGAGCUGAGCUGGAGGAUAGCGCUGAAGGAGCACUCAGGCUGAGCUCCGUGUCUUUAGGUGUUGGAGAAGAAAGGAUCUCUCCAGAUGUGGAACAGUGUGAGUGUCCCUGGGGAUAUUCAGGCUCUUCAUGUGAGUACUGUAUUUCUGGAUUCUAUCGUGUCGGAGGGAUUUUGUUUGGAGGAAACUGUCUUCAGUGUGAAUGCAAUGAUCACGCGGCAGAGUGUGACAUCAACGGAGAGUGUUUGGGAUGUGAACACAACACUACAGGAGCUCACUGUGAUCACUGCCUGCCAGGUUUCUAUGGCGACCCCAGCGAGGGUACGCCGGAUGACUGCCAGAGAUGUGCGUGCCCGCUGACACUGGCAUCUAACAAUUUCAGCCCUACAUGCACACUGCAGACCCCCGGAGACUACACAUGUGACCAGUGUCAGCUGGGAUAUUCUGGACACAAGUGUGAGAGGUGUGCUAACGGUUACUACGGCGACCCGACGGUUCUGGGACAGAGCUGUUCUUUGUGUGAGUGUAAUGGAAACGUGGAUUCUUCAGAACCGGGUCACUGUGACGGCCUCACAGGAGAGUGCCUCAAAUGUUUGAGUUACUCAUCGGGUCGGCACUGCGAACGCUGUCAGGACGGUUUCUAUGGCGACGCAGUGACGGAGAAAAACUGCCAGCCUUGCGGUUGUUAUGGUAACGGGUCGCUGUCCGCCGUGUGUAACGUGAUCACGGGUCAGUGUGACUGUAAGCGUGACGUCUUGGGACAGACAUGUGACCGCUGUCAGGAUGGAUAUCACGGGAUCAACAGCAGAGACGGCUGCACCUGUGAAUGUGACCAAUCAGGGUCGCUGUCUGCGUCAUGUGACGAGGAGGGGCGGUGCCAGUGUGUCACCGGAGUGAGGGGUGACAAAUGUGAGCGUUGUGACCGCGGAUACUACGACUUUAAAGAGAACGGCUGCACACCAUGUGACUGCACACACACACACGGGAACUGUAACGCAGAGACGGGCGAGUGUAUCUGUCCCCCUCACACACACGGACCCAAGUGUGAAGAGUGUGAGACAGACCACUGGGGUCAUGACACCGUGUCCGGCUGUACGGCAUGUAACUGCAGUAUCGUUGGCUCCAGCGUGUCUCGGUGUGAUCUGUUAUCAGGUCAGUGUGCGUGUAAACCCCAUUUCUCAGGAUUAAUGUGUGAAGGCUGCGCACUGGGCUACAAAAACUUCCCAGAAUGCACGGCAUGUAACUGCAAUCCCAACGGCACUCUGGAGGAGUUCUGCGAUUGGACGAUGGGCGUGUGUGGAUGUGAAGAUCAAGGACAGUGUUCCUGCAAGGAGAAUGUGGGCGGUGUCGGAUGUGAUGAGUGUAAGGGGGGCACGUUCGGUCUGUCACCUCAGAACCCUUCCGGCUGCAGUCCGUGCUUCUGUUUGGGUGUUUCCAGCUUGUGUGAGGAGAUGAGCGGUCUGGUGCGAGUGCCGAUCACUCUGGGUUCAGAUCCGGCUCUUCUGCGUGCGGUGUCUCAGAGUGACCUGCAGGGGACGCUGGAGGGAGUUUAUUACACAGAUAAUGAGAUGCUGUUAGACGCGUCUCACCUCCACAGUCUGUCUGUCCUCACCGCUCCAUUUUACUGGAGAUUGCCCCAACUGUACCACGGUAACAAGCUGUUAUCAUACGGAGGAAAGCUCUCGUACACGGUGGCAUUCUUUGCUCUCGAGGGAGUUGGACUGGCCAAUCACGAGCCUCAGGUUCUGAUGAGAGGCGGACACCUGCGGAAACUGGUCAUCUAUACAGAUCUCCCGCCGCCGGAGAACGGGAUCCACAGCAGACAGGAGGUUCCUCUGACAGAGCACAAGUGGAAAUAUUUCAACUCUGUGUCUGAGACGGCUGUGAGUCACACCGACUUCAUGUCUGUUCUGAGUAACGUGGAAUACAUAAUCAUCAAAGCGUCAUACGGCACCGGCCUACAGCAGAGCAGAAUCUCUAACAUCUCCAUGGAAACGGCAGUGGAUGCAGAGGAGUUUGAUGGUGGUGAGGUGGCGCGGCUGGUGGAGACGUGCGAGUGUCCGCUGGGAUACGCUGGACUCUCCUGUCAGGAGUGUGCUCCGGGAUAUUACCGUCAGCCCGUGUCAGAGCUGGUUAUGAAGGGAAGAAACCGACCCAUCAUUCAACCCUGCGUCCCGUGUCAGUGUAACAAUCACAGUCUGUCAUGUGACCUGGACACGGGCAAGUGUUUGGGAUGUCAACACAACACCGCAGGAGAUCACUGUCAUGUGUGCAGCCCAGGGCAUUAUGGGAAGGUGCAGGGGUCCAUCAGCGACUGCUCGCUGUGUGCUUGUCCACUGAGGGGUCAGAGUUUCAGCUCGACGUGUGUUUUGGAAGGCGCUGGUGAUUUCCGCUGUGAUCGCUGUGAUGAGGGUUAUGAGGGGCGUUACUGUGAGAGGUGUUCAGUGGGUUACUACGGUAUCCCCUCCGCUCCAGGCGGCCGAUGCCAGCCGUGUCAGUGCAGCGAGGCAGGGUCUGUUCAUGGCUUGUGUGAGGCACACACAGGAAAGUGCGAGUGUAAGGUUGGGGUCAGAGGUCAUCUGUGCGACCUGUGUGAGGAGAGACACGUGCUAAUGAACGACCAGUGUGUGUCGUGUGACGACGACUGCACCGGUGUUCUGCUGGAUGAUCUGGAAGCUUUAGAGAGAUCCAUCACGUCUCUGAACCUGACCGGUGUCGUUCUCGCACCCUACAGUCAACUGUUGACUGUAGAGAACCAGACUAGAGAGGUGAAGAGUUUGAUGUCUUGGGAGCGAACACCAACCUCCCAGCUGACCACAGGAGAGGAAAACCUGAGCAACAUCACCAUUCACAUCACUGAGUUACAGCUGCAGGCAGAGAGUGUGUUUGGUCUCAGUGCUGAUGUCAUGACGACCUCACAGAAGAGACUCGCUCAGGGCAGAGAGAUGCUAGGCUUCAUCAUUGAUGUUCACUCACAGAUUCAGAGUCUGAUGGAGGAGGCGGGUUCAUUGAACGAGACUGUGGACGAAGUUCUGGAUGAGAUGAACAGCACAUACCUGAUGGAGGAGAUGAGCAGUACGCUGGAGAAGAUGCGAGUGUUUGAUCUGACGUCCUGCGGUCUGACAGCACAGAAUGAACACAAUUCUGCAGUGGCGGUUCUCCGCAGCGUUCAGGAUGAGAUAUCACAGCCUCAGCGUCACAACCACAUCAAACAAGAAAACAUCUCCUCAACUCUCUCCAGAUAUAACCAGCUGCUCCUGGACGCUCGCGAGAGUCUGAACACGGCCACAAGUCACAGCAGCCAAACACAUCAUCUGCUAAAGGACGUCCAGAGAAACCUCCAAGAGUUCACAGUCUCCAGGAACAAUGUGAGUCAUGUGAAACAGGAAGUAGAGACACAGACACAGGACGCUCAGGACCUGCUCACGGAUGCUCUGGAUACAGCAGAGAACAUGAGCAACGGAACAGCUAAGCUGGAGGAGAUGAAGUCUGAUGUAGAUCUGUUGAGUCCAGCUCUCAGGAAACAUGUGGACACUUUAGUGAUGGAGCUGAUGGCUCGAGAUGCCCUACAGCUGGUGUACAAAGCAGAAUAUCACGCGCAGACGCUCAUCACAGAGGCUCAGAACCUCAACAGUUCUCUGUCUGAGGUGAGAUCUGCAUCACUGAACAUCACCAGCAUCACACAGACCAACAACAACAUCAGAGCAGAUAUACAGCUGGCUGAACAUCUCGCCCGGGCCGCCAAUGAAAGUGCAGGCUCCGCCCUCAAUCUGACCUCCGAGUCUGAGAACUCACUAACUGUUCACGGACAGACGUCUCUUCUGAUGAGCUCAGAGGUUCUGGAUGACAGCAGAUCUCUGAAGAACCAGACAGAAUGGCUGAUGUUUAAAUCCAGUGAAGUGAUCAGCAGAUUGAAUCUCAGCAGACGAAACCUUCAGAACUUCACACAGCUGCUGCCAGACGCCUUCAUGACCUUUACAGACCAAACUAACCACAGCAGAGCUGAAGUUCUAGAAGCCAAAAAGCAGGCGGAGGCAGCCAACACGUCUCUACAGAAAACUCUCCAGCGAUUGGAGGAUUAUAGUGUGAAGCUGAGGGAGGCGUGGUCUGCGGUCAGCUCUGCCAAUCACAGCGUCAGGAGCUCCAGUGAGAUGCUCAGAGUCUCAGAGGACACCACCAGUGCAGUCAGAUCCACGCUGGACGACGCCCGUCUGCAGGCUGAUCGACUCUUGGACCGCCUGAAACCUCUGCAGGCGCUGGGCGAGAAUCUGGGCCGAAAUCUGUCAGACAUCAGAGAGCUGAUCAGUCAGGCCCGUAAACAAGCGGCGUCUAUUAAAGUGGCCGUGUCUGCCGAUCGAGAUUGUGUCCGAGCGUACAAACCCGAAAUAACCUCCAGCAACUUCAACACGCUCACCCUGACGGUGAAGACAACAGAGCCGGAUAAUCUGCUCUUCUACAUGGGCAGCAGUCUGACCGAGGAUUUUAUGGCUCUGGAAAUGCGUCAUGGGAAAGUUUCAUUCCUGUGGGACACUGGAUCUGGAUUCACUAAACUGGAGUAUCCAAACGUUGAGAUCAACAAUGAUAAAUGGCACCGGAUCAACGCCACUCGGUUUGGGAGACACGGCACUCUCACCGUUCAGCAGACUGACUCUGAACCCAUACCCACCGUGAAGACCACCGCCGCUGGCUCCUCUACCGUCAUGGACAUGAAUAAAUCCAGCUGGGUGUUUGUGGGAGGUUUGGGUGGUCAGGUUAAGAAAUCUCCAGCGGUGAAGAUGACCGAUUUUAAAGGCUGUAUGGGAGAAGCAUCGCUGAAUGAGAAUAACAUCGGCUUAUGGAACUAUCGUGAACGAGAGGGAGAGUGUGAAGGAUGCUUCAUGAGCCUGCGGACAGAAGACACUUCAUUUCACUUUGACGGCAGUGGAUACUCAGUGGUUGAGAAGUCUCUGCGCUCGAUGUCCACCAGCAUCGUCAUGUUCUUCAAAACGUUCUCUCCAAAUGGACUGCUCCUCUAUCUUGCCUCCAACGGCACGAGAGAUUUCUUAUCCAUCGAGCUGGUGGAAGGAAAAGUUCACUUGACCUUUGAACUUGGUUCUGGAGCUCUCACCCUGACCUCUAACAAAACAUACAACACGGGCACCUGGUACCGCAUCGCCCUGCAGAGAAACAAACGCAGAGGUCAUUUAUCAGUGAUGGCGGCAGAAAAUCCUUCUGAGCGAGAGGUCAUGGAGGCGGAGUCACCGGGGUCUGCCUCUGACCUCAAUCGCUCAGACCUGGACCCCAUUUACAUUGGUGGCCUUCCCGCCUCUCGACCAAUCAGAAGGCAGGUGGUCGCGCGCUCCUUCGUGGGCUGUAUGAAGAAUGUUGAGAUUGCUCGGACAAACUUUGAUCUGCUCAGAGAAUCCUAUGGAGUGAAGAAAGGAUGUGUGCUGAAGCCCAUUCGCAGUGUGUCAGCGUUUGGUGAUGGUUUCCUAGAGAUGCCUGCUGUCAUCAUGGGUUCACACACAGAGAUCAUGACCACAUUCUCCACUAAACACGACAGCGGGAUCAUUCUGGCUGGAUUCAGCAGAAGUGAAGGACGCUCACGGGGACCGACACAGCAGCAGUCAUUCCUGGCCGUGACGCUCGUAUCUGGCUCUGUGGAGGUCCGUGUGGGCGUGUCUGAGGGCGGGGCCGUGCACAAAGCUGUGGUCAAAUCACGAAACGGCUCGUUCAGCGAUGGACAGGAGCAUUCUCUCAUACUGCAGAAGAAUAAACGGAGCAUCACAGUGUUUGUGGAUGAGGAGAAUCAGGCAUCUGUGAAGUUGGGCUCAUCUGCAGAUAAAUCUCUGACGCUGGGACGUCUCUGUGUCGCUGGUGUUCCUGCAGGAGAGAGCAUCACCGCCGGCCUCGACUCGACACAAUCAUUCUACGGCUGUAUCAGAAACAUGGCUGUGGACGGAGUGUUGUUGGAUCUGUCCACUGCUCUGCACUAUGAGAAUGUGGACAUGGACAGCUGUUUACUACACGAGAGACCCAGACAUGUUAUUCUGCCUGAUGAUGCGGAGCCGACCCCUGACCCCGCUGCACGACCCCUAACCCCUGAUCCAGCAGAGCUGGAUGCCGUCGCAGCACACAGCACCAGUUGCGUUGCUAUGGAUGACACAGGCAGCAUCCCAGAAUCCCACCAGUUUGGCCUGUCCAGACACAGUCACGUGAUCAUGAGCUUCAAGAAUAAGACGGUCAGAACCAGUUUUACAGUCAAGAUGUCCGUACGCACUUUCUCUCCGAGCGGUCUUCUGUUCUACAUGGCUAACGCCAACCAGCAGGAUUACGCAGUGCUGCAGGUGCAGAACGGCCGACUGCUGUUCUCUUGUGAUCUGGGCAAAGGUCCCGCCAGCGCCACGCUGCCCAUCAUCACCAUCAGUGACGGACACUGGCACAGCGUCAGGGCUGAAUUCAACAAGAGAUCUGUGAUAGUCAGUGUGGACGGAUCAGACUCUGAACACGUCUCUACUAAAGGACACACACUCGACGUGGAGGGGAAGUUGUAUGUCGGUGGACUUCCUGCAACAUAUACAGCCAAGAGAAUCGGAAAUGUGACACACAGUCUGGCGGGUUGUGUGCAGAACGUGAUGUUUAACAGCGUCUUGAUGAAUCUCAGCAGUCCGGUGUCUUCUCAUCUGACGGGUUCAUGCUUCAGCAGCGUUCAGGACGGGACGUUCUUCAGCGGGAGAGGACACGCCGCUUUCAUGAAGGAGGGGUAUAACGUGGGCUCAGACGUGACGGUGACUUUAGAGUUUCGCUCAUCAUCCCAGGACGGAGUUCUGCUGGGGAUCAGCAGUCGUAAGGUGGACGCUAUCGGUCUGGAGCUCAUCAACGGACAGGUGGUGUUUAAUGUGAAUAACGGCGCCGGACGCAUCACAGCCACCAGCAGAGCCCGUGGGGUGUUGUGUGACGCCCGCUGGCACACCGUAGUGGCCAAAAAACAGAAACACAGUCUGAGCUUGACCGUAGACGGCGUUACUGUGACAACAGAGAACCCAUACUCAUCCUCCACCUCAGCCGAGACCAAAAACCCCAUCUAUGUGGGGGGAUAUCCAGCUGACGUGAAGCAGAACUGUCUGAGCAGCAGAGAAUCAUUCCACGGCUGUAUGAGGAACCUGCGUUUGAUGAAGGGUCACGUGACGGAUGUUCUAGACUUCAGCUCAGCCUUCACACACACGCAUGUGUUUCCUCACGCCUGUCCUGCUGACGCUGCUUAACCUGCAGCCGGCCUGACACACAGAAUAAUGACACGCACCCAAAUGUUGUCAUUGUUGUGUUUUAGAUUGGAUUUUGUAAUAAAAUGAAGUGGAUUUCUUAGUUAAA